AUGAUUUUAAAGUCAUUCACUAUAGUCCCGAUAAGAUCAAUACCAGCAACAUCUAUAUGUAUUGUUAAAGAAUGUAAACCAUCGGUACAGUACUUUUCAUCACCUAACUGUUCUAAUCCAAAUUAUAUUGGAACGUUUUGUAACAUUUCAAAAAUAUCAUGUGAUGCUCAUAAACCAUGUCAAACUCCGCGGAUUUGUAUCAAUGAUCCUACAGUUCCUGGUGGAUACUACUGCCAACUUGAAAAUAACUUCACAGAUACCAAUAAUACAGUCAACAGUGGAUCUUGCAAAUUGAAUUCAUGUUUAUAUAAUGGCAUUUGUGUAUCACUGAAUAAUACACGUUUUUACUGUAAUUGCACGCCAGAACGUACUGGUCAUCGUUGUGAACAUUUAAUCAACUAUUGUCAUAAUGUCGCAUGCUUGAACAACGGAGUUUGCCGAACAUUAAAUCUGGAUUAUCAAUGUGAAUGUCCACCUGGUAGCUAUUCGGGUCGCCACUGUGAAUAUCCAUCACGCAGCAAUAGAAUUCGUCAAUUUCUUACAAAAUUAUUUAUAUACCUUGCCAUUAUAAUUGUUUCAAUCGUUAUAAUUUUUAUACUUGUGAUUAAUAUACUCAAAUGUGCCUGUGGUAUCGAUCCAUGCCGAAUACAACGUGAAUGGAUUCAAGUAAAAUUUGCUCGGUUCAAACAAAAGAAUCAUAAAAAGACUCAACAACAUCCAAGUGCAAAUCAUUUUCAACCUACAAAUACAGUAACACCUGAAUGUCUUGGCACCAACGCCAUGACUCUACACUGGACACGACAUCGUAGCGCUGAAAACGCAGACGACGAAAUUAGCGUUGAACUAGCGGUUCUUCGACAACAUUGGAAACAAAUCUUACAAAUCUUUCAAAAAGCAUUAAUCGAUCAAGAUGAUAUCAGUUGUGUUUUAUCUCAUUUUCAACAUGCAGUCACAUUACUUACCGAUGAAGUGGCUAGUCAGGAUCGACCCGGUCCUAUACUCCUAUAUUUUGUUAGCGAAGCUAUUCUCGAUACUUUCUUUGUUUGGUCAUUAAGUUGUCCUGAAUAUGCGUCUGAAUUAAAAUAUCAUCAACUACGUUGCUUCGAAUUUCUCCUUAGUCGAUCACAAAAUGAACUUCUUUUCUAUAAACAAAUUUUUAAACCAUUGCUCAAUCUUCUUCGAUCAUGUGAAUCUUCACUAUCACUAGAUCUUAUUGAAAAACAUAUGAUUGUUGUGCUCAAUCAAGUAUGCGUUAGUAUAACAAAAAGUCCUGAAUUAUUGGAAUUUUGCUUUGAUAUCAGUGCUGAACAUGGCCCAUCUAGAUUUGUGAUAUUUUCACUAUUGAUUCCAUUUGUCCAUCGUGAUGGAGUUGCCGGUCAACAGGCUCGUGAUGCUUUACUACUUAUCAUGCAAUUGUCGAAUCGAAAUGAACAAAUUGCACGACAUAUAGUAGAACAUACAAAUUUUUGUCCGAUUCUAGCAACUGGUUUAAGUGCCCUUUAUUCUGAUUUACCACAUCAUUUAUCAACAAAUAAUGACGAAUGGUUUAUAUUAACAAAAAAGGAAUGGUCAGAAAGUCCAGCGUUAGUACAAUUUAUGAAUUCUCUACAAUUUUCUAAUGAUGUUAUUCAAAUUGCUCAUCCUACAAUCGGUCACCAUUUAAUACAAUAUAUUUACCAUGGAUUUCUUGUGCCAGUUCUUGGUCCAAGUAUUCAUCAGAAUACAAUGGAUGAAGUAAUUGCAGCAACAGCUUAUUUGGAUUUAUUUUUACGUACUAUUCAUGAGCCAGCCUUAUUAAAAGUGUUUUUGAAAUUUAUACUCUGCGCAAGAAUCGAUGAGAUGAGUUUAUUGGAUACAUUGAUACAGCGAAUUAAUUUCAAUACGAGACUUGGCCUAGUAUCCUUGGGUUUAUUCUAUACAUUAGUUAAUCUCAACUGUGAAGAUAUUAUGUAUCGUCUCAUAUUUAUGUAUUUAAUUCCUUGCCGGCAUGUAAUGUGUAGUCAACGACGACAUAUAACUGAUGUAGAGAUUUAUGGAAAAAAUGCUGAAAGAUUUCUUUCAUUGCGACCUUCAUUUUCAAGUAAAAAUAGCAAUCAAAAUUCACAAUCGAAACAAGUCCAUGCGAACUUUCAUCAAAAUGGUGAAUCUUCUAAUGAUAGUGAUCGAUAUGAAUUUUCAUUUAGUGCUUAUCUUGAAGAUGCGCAUUUUAGUAUUGUUCGUUGUCGCGUUGCUUGUCGUUGUUGGACAUCUCCAUAUGAUGGUGAAAAUCCAUCACCGGAUACAAUCAUUGGAGAUUCUGAUCUGAUUUCAUUAUCAAGUAGUCUUUCAUCGUUACACAUUGAUAAUAAUCAUAAUUCAAAAAAAUCUGAUUUAAAUCAAAAUAAUGAUUCAAAUCAAAAACAGACAAGUAAAAAUGUCGGUGCAUCAAAUGAUUCUGGUAUUCAUGAAGAUGGUCUUGAUACAAAUUCACAAACAGAAAUCCCUUCAAUAAUAACAAAAUCAACAACAGACGAGUUUCAAUUGCCGUCGUGGCUUGCUAAUGGUGAACCUAUACCUGAUGAACUUCUUGCUAAACGUUCAUUAAACAUUAAUUCAACGUAUCAAAAUACAGACGACAAUGAUGAUGAUAUUGAUCCUUAUCAAGCAUCGUCAUUUUAUGGCUUUUCAUUUAUUGAACUAUCUGGUAGUAGUGAAGAUUCAUGGUCCGUACAUUCAUCGAACACAGUAUCAGUUGUAAAUACAAAUAUUGGUGAUGAAAUCAAAACAUGCGUCGAAACAUUAAAUACAUGUUUAAAUCAAUUUCGUGGAAUGAAUGAUCGAUUGAAUAAUAAUGAUGAUGUACAAGUUGAAAUUGAUGAAGAUGUUACUAUUGUUUUGAAUGAAUUAAUCGAUCAGAUUGAAAAUGUUUCUGAUAAAAGAGAAAGUCAAUGUUCAAAUGAUUUAUCAACUAUAUAUUCGAUAUCGUUAGAUUAUAAUCUAUUGAAUGAAUUAUUUACAAAGAAAUUAACAUUUAAUGAAUAUUUAAAUUUACUUGAUCAUCUUAUUGAUAACAAGAUAUUAAAUUUGCCAUCAAAAUCAGGUGAAGAAUUAUCAAAUGAUAUUCUUCAUCUUGCUGAUGAAAUUGAACAUUAUAAAACGAUGAUUAAAACAGAUAAUAACAAUGAGAUCGAUCAAAAUUUCUUAAGUGUUAAUUUAGAUAAUCAAUAUCAACAACAAUGGUUAUCAAAUACACAAUCAAAUUAUUCUGUUACAUCAUUUUUACAACAGUCAACAUCAAUGGAUAUGUCUCUAUUAGUUACAAAUGAUUUUUCAAGUCAAAUACAAUCAACUUUGAUUACAUCAACCGUCCAACAACAAACAACAACACCCGCUGGUAAAAGGGCUGAUGUUGGUCCAUUUUUACGAACAAUAUUUUCCAAAUUAGAAAAUAUGUUACAAAAUUCGUUGUAUGUUAAUCUAUUAUUAACGGGUAUUUUAGCACGAUUAGCACAUUAUUCUCAACCAUUAUUACGCUCACUGUUACUCAAUCAUAGCCUAGUACUUGAAACAAAUGUUAAAUCACUUUUUCAAAUUCUUUCAAAUCUCAAAUCAAAACUCGAAACAAUAUCCCAAACAUUUAAUGAUUUUAAUAAUCUAAUUGAAUUAGCACAUGAUACAUUGUAUCAAAGAGAAAACACUGCAAGAGAAUUUGAUGAAACACAAAAACGAACAUGUACACCGUCGCGAACACGAUCAAAAUCGACUGAACUAGAUAAAGGUAAAUAGAUAAAUAUAUUAUCUAUUUGUCGCUUUAUUUCGAUCUGAAUAUUUUUCACAGAUGAAGAACGAGUUUUUUUCGAAACUCGACGAACACCUAUAAAAGGUUUUUUUCUGCA